CAACAAUCCCACAAUCAACAACCAAUACUAGUACAACAAUCAAACCUACAACAACAAAUACUGAUGCAAAAUCAACCCUCUACAAAUCAAUUACCACAAUCAAUAAAGACUUCCUAUCAACAAACUUAUUUAAAUUCUCCUUCUAAUUCUUCACCUAAUAAACCUUCCACUACUUCCUACUCUUCUAACAAUAAUAAUAAAUCUUCCUACCAAUUACAUUCCUCGACACAUAAUGAUUACGCUUCAAAAGCUGAUUUUCGAAAUUCCUUAUUUCUCCGUGUUCGUUCUAAAUCCGAUUUACAGUCUCAGCCUGCAUUCCGCGAAAUAAGUACUGUGAAAAGCAUUGUUAAUCCACUAAAAUCAUUAACUGUCAAUCUAACAACAACGUAUCAAAACAUCAAUCCUAAUUUUCGGUAUGAGCUCUCCUAUAAUCCACGAAGAGUUUUAACAAAGCCUUCAAAAGGUGUCAAAAAUGAUGGUUACGAUAAUGAGGACAGUGUCAAAAAUGAUGGUUACGAUAAUGAGGACAGUGAUUAUAUUUUAUAUGUGAAUGAUAUAUUAGGGAGCGAAGAGGGUCAAAAGUAUAUCAUAUUAGAUAUUCUUGGUCAAGGGACAUUUGGUCAAGUUGUAAAAUGUCAAAAUCUUAAAACAAAAGAAAUUGUAGCUGUUAAGGUUGUGAAAAACAAACCUGCAUACUUUAAUCAAAGUAUGAUGGAAGUGACUAUAUUGGAGUUGCUAAAUCAAACUUGGGAUAUUAAGGAUCAACAUCAUAUUCUACGACUUUUGGAUACUUUCAUUCAUCAUCGUCAUCUUUGCCUUGUAUUUGAGCUAUUAUCUGUUAACCUCUACGAACUUAUUAAACAAAAUCAAUUUCGUGGCUUAAGCACAAACCUUGUUAGAUUAUUUACUGCACAAUUAUUGGAUGCGUUGACUGUGCUGAAUGAAGCACGAAUAAUUCAUUGUGACUUGAAGCCUGAAAAUGUAUUGUUGAAAAAGUGUGUGAAUGCCUCAUGGGUCAUAUUAAUUGGAUAUAAUG